GCUGCGUGCACAGGUGGACCCUGGACAGCAGAAGGGUUCCGCAGCAAGACUGCAACAUGUGGGACAGCAAAUACCGUCUUACAGCCCAGAGAUCAGCAUGGUGCGGUAUGGCCUCUGUCUCUGGGAAUGGCUUUCUGUCCACAGUCAACACAAGCACAUCUGGCAGCUCUGGCGGGUUCAGACAGGAUGAUCCAGGUUUAAGGCGAUGGCAGUCGUUGUCCCAUCUGGAGCCUGAGAGCUUUCAUUCAUCUCUGGGGUCUGAAUUUAGAGGUUCCCGAGGUGAAGGUCAAUAUAGACAAUCAGAAGUGGUGCAGUGGCUGCAGGAUGCCCGUGAGCAUUUGGACACACAGCUGGAAUGUCUGAGGACCAGAGAUGCACAGCUGAGCUACCACAUGCCUUCUGCACAGGUGUCUGAAAUGACGCACAGGCUGUCAGAAGCACUGAGCAGUCUUGAGCAGGAGACGGAGGCUGCUAAUUUAUCCCAGUUUGAAAAGAACCAAAAGUGCAGCGAGCUCCGGGAAAAGGUCCUAAGGUUGGAGAAGGACAUGAUGCAGAUGAGGCUGAGUUUGGACAGAGGCGGUGGCGGCCACGCGUCCGAAAAGAGUCCUGGAGUCAGCAGAAGUCAUGACGACUCCAACAGACAGGAGAAGCAAAAGGCUGCCAUAGACGCUGAAAUAAGGGCAAGAAAACAAGACAAAGAGCAAAACCAGGGGUCUGCAGAGACACAGAGAAUGCUGUUGAAUCAAAUCGAGGAGCUGAAGCAGAGGCUCAGCCACGCCGUACAGAAUCACUUUGAGGCACAAGAGCGGCUGACUGAUGCUAACAAUAAGAUUAGUCAAGCAUGCCUGGAGAAAGCUGUCUUGUCAACUCAGGUGCUGAAGCUGGAAGAUAAAGUAAAAGACCUGAAGACCCAACUAACGGCGGCUCUGUCUGACAAACACAACCUGACCCAAGAAAAAGAGACAGGAUCAGAGAAAGCAGAGGUCCACAGUAACGGGUCUCAUAAUGACAAAGAGGUAAAUGAAAAGCUGUCACAUGAACUUGGAAUCAUCCAGAAGAAGCUGGCGAUAUUACAGAGUCAGCUCCAGGAGCGAACAGCUGAAAAUGUCAAGAAGUCCACACGGAUCAGAGACCUGGAGGCAGAAAAGUCUCAGCUGAUCCAAGAAAAAGAGGAACUGAUGAGCAAAAUGAGUGAAAGUGAGCAUGAGAUGAAAGAGAGGUGCUGCCAGCUCAGGGAAUCUUUGGACGUCUUGCGAAUGGAAAAACAGAAACUGCAGGAUCAGUGUUUGUGUUUGGAGGCGAAACUUAAAAAUGAUGCAGUGAGAGUCCAAACCGUGGAGGAACUAAAAGCUGUGGCUUCGCAUUGGACAGAGAAAUGGCAGCAAGCGGCUUCAGCCCUGCAGACCCUCGAAGGGAGCAACUGCAGGAAUGACGAGUCUGAUUUGUUGCUGACGGCUGAGCUUGAGGCACACAAACAGCAACUGGAGCUGGACAGAAGCCGGAGUCAGACCCCGCUGCACUCAUUUCAUAAGUAUAAAGCUGGUGAGGCUCAGGACAAGAACACACAGACGGACUUAUCAGAAUCCUCUUUGUCAUGGGAGUCACCACCAGAUCACCAGAGCAGCCACAACAAAUACACUCAGGUGUUCAUGGAAAACCCUGAGCUCCAAUGGUUAAAGGUGGAACUUGCAGAAAAAGAGAAACUGCUGAAGGAAAAGACAGAAGCAUUGAUGAGUUUAGAAACGCUGAGAGAGACGGAAAAAAACGAGGCUCGAAUCAGGAUCUGUGCUUUGGAGCUCCAGGUCGGGGAAAAGACCUCUAAAGAGCUUCAUGAUGAUGUUUGGACCACGGACUCGCUGAAGGCCCAGCUAGAAGAGAGCAGGAGGAGGAUGAGCCAGCUGCAGCAGGAAAAAAUGCUGGCGGUCCAAAGGCUUCAGACCCUUCAACAGAUUUACCAGAUCAAAGCUGAAAAACAAUCUCUCGAAGGCAGUAAAGAAAAACCUUCAUGUCCUGCAGGUCUUGAAACUGACCAGCAGAGGAGGAUGAUCAACGAGCAGUUAAAGAAUCUGUUUAAAGAACGAGAAGAAAAAAAAGCAGGAAAGAUCGACAAUGCGGCAGCAGCAGCAGCAACUCAGACUGACUCUUUCUCACAUCAAGACCAAACCUACACACCUAAAGCCGUGAGAACUCCUGUGGACAGGUGGAGCUGGCAGCUGAGCUCUGGUCUGAUGCCUGUGUACGAGGAGGACGAGGAGAGCGAUGAGCUGCCGGGAGCAGAGGAGGAAGAGCCGGGAGCGGAGGAGGAAGAGCCGGGAGCAGAGGAGGAAGAGCCGGGAGCAGAGGAGGAAGAGCCGGGAGCAGAGGAGGAAGAGCCGGGAGCAGAGGAGGAAGAGCCGGGAGCGGAGGAGGAAGAGCCGGGAGCGGAGGAGGAAGAGCCGGGAGCAGAGGAGGAAGAGCCGGGAGCGGAGGAGGAAGAGCCGGGAGCAGAGGAGGAAGAGCCGGGAGCAGAGGAAAGCCUCCACAACCAGAGACCCGAGACGUCAGCUGUGAGAGCAGCACACGGCACUUUGACGGCAAACAGUGGGAAUCGGCCACAAGAUUCAAGGUUCAAGCAGCGGAUCCAGCAUCUAGACGCCACUGGAGAACGAGCGUCUCAGUCUAGUAAUGCUGACCUGGGCUCAGAUGAGUUGGACCUGCAGUGGGAGCCUCGCUUCCUCUGUCCUGAUGGAGUGUUUCUGGCCCAACGUGUCGAGGCCUGCAGCCCCGAUGGCGAUGACGACAAAUGAAGCCUCCUGCACUGGAC